GGAUUAUGCAUUGUCUUGUGCCCUAAUGAAACCAUGAGAUCCAGGCAGCAGAUGAAGUAACUGGAGUUAUCAGAGGGAGGGAGUAACAUAUAAACCCCUCCUUACUGCUUAUGCAUAAAUAACGCUCAGGUUACAGUACUCAGUACACACCUUCAGCAGUCAUAAACAAUGCCAGGUCUAACAAACAAGCUUCGACACGGUACCAAUAUGUUGAUGAGUCUGUGACAUACAUCUACAAGGAUUCUUCCAAAAUCUAGUAUAUUUCUGUUUGAAGUGACUAAAAUUUCAAACAUCACUGAUGUAAAGAUGGUGGUUUUACUACGGAAACUUCGAUGCUACAUGACCGCACUCCUGAGCUCCAUUAUCAUCGUGUUACUUCUGUACUUUCAAAACUCGGUGUUGGUUUUCACCGACGAUUCUUACGGUUUCAUCUCCAAGAAAGUGCAGUGUGCUUGCAGUAUCUGUGUGACCGACCGAGGAAAUAGUCACUGGUUUAGUGAGCGAUACGAUAACAAAGUACCACUUCUUCUUAACAGCACCAACAGUGUAUUAAGAGCAAAUGUCUCCAGGUGGUGGAAGGAGCUACAAUCAAACGCCGGUAACUACACAGAGGUGGUGCAUCAGCUGUUUCCUCUCUUCCCUGAUAAAGAGCACUACUCAGACGCCGGUCCAGAUCGCUGCAGAACCUGUGCUGUGGUGGGAAACUCUGGGAACCUGCUGGGAUCCAAUUAUGGGCCUCUCAUAGAUUUCCAUGACUUUGUCAUCAGAAUAAAUAAAGGCCUGACAGAAGGUUAUGAGAAGGACGUGGGGUCAAAGACGACUCACCGGAUUGUGUAUCCUGAGAGCGCCGUGGACUUGGACAACUCCACCCAUCUGGUGCUUCUUCCCAUUAAGAUUCUGGACAUUCAGUGGCUCAUCAGUGCCUUCACCACUAAAAACAUCACACAAACUUACAGAAAAGUGCCAUCUACAAUUAAAGCAAAUAAGGACAAGGUGAUGAUCCUCCACCCAGAAUUCAUAAGAUACGUCUAUGAUAAUUGGGCAGAAGGGCAUGGCAGAUAUCCAUCCACUGGUUUCUUAACACUGAUAUUUGCUCUUCACAUCUGUGAUGAGGUGAAUGUAUUUGGGUUUGGAGCUACGAGUGGUGGAAUCUGGCAUCAUUAUUUUGAAAAAAUCUUGACUUCAUAUGAGACCGGUGUUCAUGCUGGAAAAUUUGAAAAUGAAAUAAUCAAUCGGCUCCAACAGGAAAACAAGAUUCUGAUGCACAAAGGUUGGACAUGAAGUAGAAACACUAGUACUGCACAAUAUUGCAUUGCAAUAUUGAAUAUUGAAUUUUUCAGAUGUACAGCAAAGACUUUUAUUUGAGAUCAUCGAGAUAUCAACUUUUAUUAAGUCUUUCAUUUCAACUACUCAAGAGGCACCAAAUGAAAUAAUGCCAUAGGCUGCUUAAUUUUUUUCUUUUGUUGAGCCUGUCAGGAUGUUCAAACACCACAGAGUCACAGUGUUUAUACUUUUCUGGCAAAUCAAUCCAUGACAAUUUUCACAAGAGUAAAUGGCAUUGCGUUUAUGGAUUUGAUUACAUGUUAUUCACUUAAAAUAAAUUAUUUAUUGAUUCUCCCUAAUUCUUUUUUCUCUCUCUUUUUUUUACUUGUCCUAAAUGUGAAAUGACUACAAAAUGUACAAAUGUUUCAGAGAAAAAAAUGUCUUGGAUCAUUUACAGGAAAAAAUAAACAUGGAGUGAAGAUAUGCUGCACAUAUGGCAAGUGUAUAGACAAACUGCACGUGGCACAAAUUAGUCACCAUGACUAUGCCAUACUGUCUUAAAAACACUAUCAUUGUAAAAUAAAAAAAAUAAAAAAUCAUAAAGAAACGGUCAAAUGACUGCCAGCUAAAGCUACCAAACAAAAACCCUAAAAUUACAAUAAAAUACCUUAAUUGAAAUAAAGUGCAAAAACAAUUUUACAGAAAUUUUCAUUAAAGGUUUUACAGGGAAAAAAAACUUUUGACAGAUUUUUCCUUGUUUCAAUUAUGAUAUUUUACUUUAAUUUUACAGUUUUUGUUUGGCAACUGUAGCUGCCAGUCAUUCUACCAUUUUUUUACAGGACUUUUUUUACAGUGUAAAACCCUUAUUUUACAGAUUUUUCCUGGAUUAUUACAAUGAAAGCACUAAAUGUUCUAGAGAAACACUGUUAUUUUACCAAUCAUUACAAUCAAAAACCUUCAAUAAAGUGUCAAAGCAUGCUCAAGAUGGAAAAUUCAGUUUUAUUUAGAAGACAAAAUACAAAGUCUGUACAAAUGCCAUAUGAAAUUAAAAUUUUACAUUUUAGUUUUUUAGUUUUUUUUUUAAGAAAUACAGCACAAUUACAUUUAAAAUACAGUACUGGUGAAGAACAUAGAACAGUUCCAUAAAAAUGUUGAAUUAAAUAUAUUCAACUUAAAGGACAAGUUCACUUCCAGAAUAAAUAUUCCCUGAUAAUUUACUCACCCCCAUGUAAUCCAAGACAUUC